AAAAUAAGAAAAACAACUAACCCCACCGACUUUCUCUGGCUUUGAAACCCUAACCGGCAAAUAUGAGCGGGGUGGGAGCAUGGUAACGAUUGGUGGUAGCGUUGACGGUGUUCAACAGCCACCGGAACAGAAACAGGUGAUCGGAAUUUGAGAAACAUUGAUAUGCAAACAUCAUCAACUUGCUGACACUCUAAAACCCUAGCCAACAAUGGCGUUACUACUCUGUUUCUCUCGAUCUUCUCGCAAUCUUCACCGUCACGUCUCACUCGCAAUAUCCCAAUCCAUUUUCCCUCAUCUAACCAACCCUUCCGGUAAUCACUGUUCAUCUAAUUCCAAUUCGAACACACAAUUGUACAUCCCAAAGUUCCACAAUUCCAGGUUUAGCUACUUCAAUUGGAUACAAGUAGGUCAAGGUUAUGGCAUUUCUACGUCUCCGCAUAGUUUCAGGGAUCUAGAAAAGGAAAAACGUGACAAGCGUCCUUCUGCUUCGUGGAUUGAUCUGCAUUUGCCGCAAAUUGUACGGCCGUAUGCGCAUCUUGCUCGCCUCGACAAGCCUAUUGGGACUUGGUUACUUGCUUGGCCAUGUAUGUGGUCGAUCACAUUAGCAGCAUCCCCUGGACACCUUCCUGAUUUUAAGAUGAUGGCACUGUUUGGCUGUGGAGCCUUUCUGUUACGGGGUGCCGGAUGUACUAUCAAUGAUUUGCUUGACCGCGAUAUUGAUACAAAGGUGGAACGAACAAAGUCAAGACCAAUUGCAAGCGGUGCCUUGACACCAUCUCAGGGGGUUUCUUUUCUUGGUUUACAAUUGCUUUUGGGUCUUGGUAUUCUUCUCCAGCUAAACAACUAUAGCAUCAUAUUGGGGGCUUCAUCUUUGUUACUUGUCUUUUCAUAUCCCCUUAUGAAAAGGAUUACAUUUUGGCCUCAAGCUUUUCUUGGCUUAACUUUUAAUUGGGGAGCAUUAUUGGGAUGGUCUGCCAUUAGGGGAAGCCUUGAUCCUGCUAUCGUGUUGCCGCUUUAUCUUUCUGGAGUAUUUUGGACACUCGUCUAUGAUACUAUAUAUGCCCAUCAGGAUAAAGAAGAAGAUAAGAUAGUUGGAGUGAAGUCUACAGCCUUAAGAUUUGGGGAUUCCACAAAGUUGUGGGUCAGCGGAUUUGGAAUCGCUUGCAUUAGUAGCCUUGCACUCAGUGGCUUCAAUGCAAAUCUUGCAGGAUUGCCAUAUUAUGUGUUUUUGGCAGCAGCAUCUGGUCAACUAGCAUGGCAAAUUUGGACAGUAGACAUAUCCUCUGCACCUGAUUGCAGUAGAAAAUUUGUGUCAAACAAGUGGUUUGGAGCCCUCGUGUUUGGUGGCAUUCUAAUGGGCAGACUAUCAUCAUAACAGUUAGACCAGACCCGUGCGGUUGAACCCACCAAAUUUUUGAAGGUGUUUGUUAUUUAUAGUAGACCGACUAAUAAAAGGAGGGUCGUUCAAUAGAGAAUUUGUUUUAGUUAGAGAACUCCAAGAACAAGUGGUUAAAAAGUGGUAUUUGUUGUUGUAACGGUAAUAAAUGUUACAGAACCGUAUAAUUGUCUCUGUUAUCUCUCACUACAUCUAAUAAUCACUACGUACAACUGCUAA